UUAAAUUACUUUGUAUUAAAAUUUAGUCACUUACAUAUAUUAAGUAGGCCACAAAGUUAAAGUAUACCACUUAUUGAUUUUCUUUUCUAUUAGAAUUAAAAUUCUAUAAUACUGUUGCUGAAUAUUAAUGGGGAUUCUAUAGUCUAUUUGCCAUUCGCCGCAAAAAAAAAAAACAAAACGUCUGUUUGGCGCUGGAAUUUUGUUGUACAAUAAUAAUAUCAAUAAAAUAGUAAUAUUAUUAGAAUAUACUAAAUUAUUACUAAUUUACGCUUAUUAUUACUUGUAUUCGUGUGGUUAAAUUAUGAUGAAAGUGUAAAAGUUAGUUAUACUCGGCGUUCAUUCUGCCGGCGUCAUGACUUCAAUUAUCAAGCUACAUUGUCUCUCCGGGGCUGGAGAUGAGACACCGCCGUGCUACGUGCUCCAUGUGGAUGAGUUUAAGUUCCUCCUCGACUGUGGAUGGGACGAGAAGUUCGAUAUGGAGUUCAUAAAAGAGCUGAAGAGACAUGUAAACAGCAUAGACGCAGUCCUCCUUUCACAUUCCGACCCACUGCAUCUUGGGGCUCUGCCGUAUGCAGUGGGUAAACUGGGUUUGAACUGUCCCAUCUAUGCCACACUGCCGGUGUACAAGAUGGGUCAGAUGUUCAUGUAUGACCUGUUCCAGGCACAUAAGAAUGUGUCGGACUUUGAUCUGUUUACACUGGAUGAUGUGGAUGCUGCGUUUGAUAGUAUUGUGCAAUUGAAGUAUAAUCAGAGUGUUGAUAUGAAAGGCAAGGGUCUGGGGCUGCGCAUCACGCCCCUACCUGCUGGCCAUUCCUUGGGUGGCACAAUCUGGCGCAUCGCCGCCCCUGGCGAAGAAGACAUUGUGUAUGCGCCUGACUUCAACCACAAAAAAGAGAGGCAUCUCAACGGCUGUGAGAUAGAGAGGAUCAUGAGACCAUCUUUGUUAUUGCUGGGGGCCAUGAAUGCGGACUAUGUGCAGCCGAGGCGGAGGCUCCGGGACGAGAAACUUAUGACAACAAUAUUAAGCACACUCCGCGGCGGCGGCAGUGUUCUAGUCUGCACAGAUACAGCUGGUCGAGUGCUGGAAUUAGCCCACAUGUUAGACCAGCUGUGGCGAAAUAAGGACUCUGGGCUGGUUGCAUACACUUUACUGCUGCUCUCCAACGUCAGUUAUAACGUUGUUGAGUUUGCCAAGUCGCAGAUAGAAUGGAUGAGUGAUAAAUUGACCCGCGCCUUUGAAGGAGCCCGAAGCAACCCGUUUCUUCUCCGUCACCUCCAACUAUGCCAUUCUGUGGUGGAGGUAACGCGGACCCCGGGGCCCAAGGUGGUGCUGGCCUCGUUCCCCGACCUGGAGUGCGGCUUCGCCAGGGACCUGUUCCUGCAGUGGGCUCCCAACCCUCAGAACGCCAUCAUACUCACACACAGAUCCUCCCCCGGAACUCUAGCUCGUGAUCUCAUCGAGAACGGCGGAGACAGAACCUUGGAGCUAGUAGUGCGGCGUCGAGUGAGACUGGAAGGCGCCGAGCUGGAGGAGUUCAUGCAACAGCGCGCCAAGGUCAACAAUUCUGUCAAGGAAGAAGUAGCAGGCCUAUCCUCCGACUCAGACUCUGACGGCGACCUUGAAAUGUGGGUGGUGACGGGCCGUCACGACAUCCCGGUCCGACACGACACCCGUCCGACGGGCUGUUUCAAGAGCAACAAGCGACACCAUGCUAUGUAUCCGUGCCAUGAAGAAAGGGCGAGGGCUGAUGACUAUGGAGAGGUUAUACGGCCCGAGGACUACCGGCUGGCCGAGGUGCUGGACGCGGAGGGCGAGCUGCGCGACGUGGCGCCGCCGCCGCCGCCCGAGCCCGAGGAGGAAGAAAUGGAAAUCCCAAGCAAAUGCCUGACGACAGUCCGCCAAGUGCCCAUAAAGGCAUCCGUCCAAUACAUAGAGCUAGAAGGUCGAUGCGACGGCGAGUCUCUGCUCCGAGUAGUGGCCCAGGCGAAGCCGCGAGCUAUAGUUGGUCUGCGUGCCAACCAAGCCGCUCUACAGACUCUUAGGAAAUACUGCGAAACCGAGGGUAUUGAGAAAAUAUUCACUCCGGAGCGCGGCGAAACUGUCGACGCCACCACCGAGUCGCACAUCUACCAGGUGAAGCUGACGGACGCCGUGAUGAGCGCGCUGUCGUGGAAGGCGGCGGGCGGCGCGGAGCUGGCGUGGCUGUCCGGCGUGCUGCAGCCGCGCGCGCGCCCGAGGGAGCCCGGGGCGCCCGAGGAGGAGUCUUCAGAAGACGUGGUGAUGUCUCUAGAGCCCGGCGGUGAAGGCGCGGCGCACUGCGCGGCCUACAUCAACGCCGUGCGGCUGUCCGAGCUGCGAGCGGCUUUGGCUAGAAGGGGACUGGCGGCGGAGUUCUCCCAUGGCGCCCUGGAGUGCUGUAACGGCACGCUGGCUAUACGACGGGUAACUUUGAUAUACAAGUCUUCAGAAGACGUGGUGAUGUCUCUAGAGCCCGGCGGUGAAGGCGCGGCGCAUUGCGCAGCCUACAUAAUUGCUGUUCGGCUGUCUGAACGUAAAUCAGCCUUAGCUAGAAGAGGACUAGCGGCAGAAUUCUCCCAUGGCGCCCUGGAGUGCUGUAACGGCACGCUGGCUAUACGACGGGUAACUUUGAUAUACAAGUCUUCAGAAGACGUGGUGAUGUCUCUAGAGCCCGGCGGUGAAGGCGCGGCGCACUGCGCGGCCUACAUCAACGCCGUGCGGCUGUCCGAGCUGCGAGCGGCUUUGGCUAGAAGGGGACUGGCGGCGGAGUUCUCUCAUGGCGCCCUGGAGUGCUGUAACGGCACGCUGGCUAUACGACGGGUAACUUUGAUAUACAAGUCUUCAGAAGACGUGGUGAUGUCUCUAGAACCCGGCGGUGAAGGCGCGGCGCAUUGCGCAGCCUACAUAAUUGCUGUUCGGCUGUCUGAACGUAGAUCAGCCUUAGCUAGAAGAGGACUAGCGGCAGAAUUCUCUCAUGGCGCCCUGGAGUGCUGUAACGGCACGCUGGCUAUACGACGGGUAACUUUGAUAUACAAGUCUUCAGAAGACGUGGUGAUGUCUCUAGAGCCCGGCGGUGAAGGCGCGGCGCACUGCGCGGCCUACAUCAACGCCGUGCGGCUGUCCGAGCUGCGAGCGGCUUUGGCUAGAAGGGGACUGGCGGCGGAGUUCUCUCAUGGCGCCCUGGAGUGCUGUAACGGCACGCUGGCUAUACGACGGGUAACUUUGAUAUACAAGUCUUCAGAAGACGUGGUGAUGUCUCUAGAACCCGGCGGUGAAGGCGCGGCGCAUUGCGCAGCCUACAUAAUUGCUGUUCGGCUGUCUGAACGUAGAUCAGCCUUAGCUAGAAGAGGACUAGCGGCAGAAUUCUCUCAUGGCGCCCUGGAGUGCUGUAACGGCACGCUGGCUAUACGACGGGUAACUUUGAUAUACAAGUCUUCAGAAGACGUGGUGAUGUCUCUAGAGCCCGGCGGUGAAGGCGCGGCGCACUGCGCGGCCUACAUCAACGCCGUGCGGCUGUCCGAGCUGCGAGCGGCUUUGGCUAGAAGGGGACUGGCGGCGGAGUUCUCUCAUGGCGCCCUGGAGUGCUGUAACGGCACGCUGGCUAUACGACGGUUGGAGAACGGUCGCGUGGCUCUGGAAGGCGUGCUGUCGGAGGAGUAUUAUAAAGUACGGGAGCUGCUGUACGAGCAGUUCGCCAUCGUUUAGUGGCUGUCAGAUUUAUUAAAUAUUGGUUUAGAAUAAUAUGUUUAUAUUAAAA